GGAGUUGCGCGGUUGGGAGUCACACUGCUCACGGCGGGGCGAAGCUCCUUGAUUGAAGAAAUCACAGGCCCAUUAUUUAAGAGAAAAUAUUGACAGGACAAGACACUGAAAAGUGAGUACUGUACUCUGCUUCCACAAUUCGUGACGCCUGACAACUCAAGAGCGAGAAGCAUUUGUCGAAUUUGAAUUACCCAGUGGACAGGAUCACCAAGUUUCAAUGGCUUCUCCUCACAGGAUCAUACAGUCAAAUGAGAGCAUUAUGCCCAGAAACAAAAAAAAAAAAAAAAAGCUCAGAAGUUUCUUGAAAACAGCUACUAAUAAGAGACAACCUGCCAUUACUCUUCACUAACUCUCACCAACAAGCUCCAAAGAUCUUUUGUAUGUGAACCAGUUGAAGACCCUGAAAUGGCCCAAUCCUCAUCGAAUCCUGUAGUUGAAUUGAAUGGAGAGGAAUUCUGGCCACUUUCUGGGAAACCCUUCUUUGAUAUCAUACUCACAAAAUCACAUGUGAAACCCAUUUACCAAAUGGGGAUCCCAACCGAACUUGAUCCAAUACUACCGUCUGGUUCAAUCCAUACAGUUCUCGUAUACGGGGAUAAGAGUUGGGAGAUGACCUAUAAUGGAGAAAAACGUCAUAAACAAUUCAAUCGAAAGUCAUGGGGAGCAUUUGUUGAUGAAAAUAAUUUGAAGGCCGGAGAUGCAUUGGUGUUUGAACUCAUGGAGUGCAACAGCACACAAAUAGGAUUCAGAGUCCAAAUCCUGAGAGGUGACAUCCCUCAGGAACUUAUAGAGAAGGCCAACCAUGAGGCAGAGCAACCCGUUGUUAUACAUUGAGGCCUUUUCCAUGGAUGAUUUAUCAUUCACCUAAUUGCAUCAAUGGCCAGGAGCUAAUAUAAUGGGGAACUCAGUAGAGCCUGUUGAGAGUGCUAGAUUUUAAUGUGUUUAGAUCUAUGUGUUUAUGUAUUGGUUCUGUGAUGUCAUUUGACAUUAUCCUAUUUUAAUUAAAUGAACAUGAAUGUAUGUUAACCUUAAAAAGAAUGCACUUUUGCUCAUGUUCGUAAUUAUUGCCAGAAAUAUUGGUUUUUAAUUUCU